AUGUCUACGCAGACCAGAAAGAGGGCAGCAGAGGAACCUUUGAGUCCCUCUCAAGUCUAUGAAGACCCAUUUGAACUUGCCAAUUCUGUCACAACUAUACUAGCAUGCCCUGACCAUCCAACUAUGGUUGCCAAUCAAUACUCAAAUGAAAAGAACCCUGUGGGAGAAGUACAAGCGUAUGCCAAAAUUGCCGGUAAAAACUGGACUUACUAUGUCAAGUCCCUUGAAACCACUAUUGGCCGUAAUACCGAUGUGAUUAAACCGGGCGAGAAAUUAAUUGAUAUUGACCUAGGCCCUGCGAAGGUCGUAUCCAGAAGACAUGCUACUAUAACCUAUAACUUACAAACUAGGGUUUGGGAGUUGAAUGUCUUUGGUAGAAAUGGUGCCAAAAUUGACACUAGCCGGAUUCAAUGUGGAGAAGGUGCACUACCCGCAGUUUUAAAGUGUGGUACAGUCAUGGAUAUUGGUGGAACUCAGAUGAUGUUUAUUUUACCAGAUACCACUCCGCAAAUUUCACCCAAUGUAUUGAACCUCGCUGCUCAAAAGCUCCCAGGAUUAAAUGAUUUUUUAAAAAAACGGCCGAAUUACGGCGCCGCAUACUUUAACUCUUCCUCCAACUCAAAUCAAAGCAAAUUGACAUUUAAUAAUACCUAUCAAGCUCAACAACAAAAUGGCUUCAAAGGAUACUCGUUAUAUAACGGCAAGAACGAUAAUGAUACCUAUUUUAAUAACGAUAACAACAAUAACAAUAAUACUCAUGAAAAUAGUAAUAGCAGCAGCAAUAGCAAUAAUAGAAUUAACGUGUUGUCAACAAUGAAAUCGUCACAUCAAAAUUUCGCCAACAUGGAUACAGACUUAUCAAAAGAAGAAUCUAAGGAUAUCAAACCACCGUAUUCUUAUGCGACGAUGAUCACACAAGCCAUAUUGUCUAAUGAAGAUGGUGUGCUCUCAUUAUCCGAGAUUUAUGAAUGGAUUUCUUCACAUUAUUCAUUUUAUCGAUACUCUAAAACUGGGUGGCAAAACUCAAUUCGCCAUAACCUCUCAUUGAACAAGGCAUUUGAAAAAGUCCCAAGAAGACCAAACGAACCUGGUAAGGGAAUGAAGUGGCAAAUUGCAGAAUCAUAUAAACAAGAAUUUUUGAAGAGUCUUGCUAACGGCUCGAUGACUAAGAUUAAACGAGGUAGUAGUGUUUCCCGGCAAUUACAAUUACACUUGGCAACACAUAGUAAUUUGCCCAAUGGAAUGAAGAAUGCUGACAAUCUGAAUAAUAAUUAUCAGCCACCACGAGAUAUCAUUCCAGAAGAACUAUCGUCGUCAGCCAAGUUAUAUCUCCAGCAGCUGAACCAGCAAUAUUCUCAGCAAAACCAUACCAAAUCGCAGCAAACUCAGCAACAGGCAAUCGCCCCUUCACUCUCAUACAUGGCACAUGCUGGAACCACAUCUAAUUUCCAGCAACCUUUGCCGCAACAAGUUCCAAGUCAACAACAACCAACAAGCGUGGCUCAGCACAAUAUUUCUCAGCCUAUGAAUCCAAGUGAUUUGAAAAAUAGCGUUCUUGGGGAUAAACCUAACAAAUCUUUAGAAAGUGAUAGUGGUAGGAAUGGAGUCCAAACACCAUCGCCCAAAAUUUCCAGAGGCUCGACAAACUCAAAUAAAGAAAAUAAUUAUGAUAAGAAUGAUGUUGGCACUUCUACACAAACCUCUGGACCUGUCAAUAUUGAUUUGAUGAGCUUUUCUAGCCCCAGUAAAGGGUAUGCGGUUAGUGCUUUAGAAGCUUACACUCCAGAAAGAGGCUCAUCCAAGAAAUUGAAUUUUGCAAGGAACCACAAUAAAAAUGAUGCAGAAAAUUACGAUAUAAAGAACCAAAACUCUGAUUUUAAAUCCAAGAACGAUUUGAUUAAAUCACCAAUGAAUAAUAACAAUACUCAGCCAUCUAAUCUUCAGGCAUCCCCUGCCAUCUGGAACUUUGUCCAAUUUGGCACACCCACAUCACAGACGCCAAAGUUAAAGAAAGAAGCUGCCGCUAAUUGCGGGGGAUUAAAACAUGAAGGUGAUGAUGAAGAUGGCAAGGCAAUGAUUGCUGGAAGUCCAAUUCUGCAAAGAAAGAAUGUAAUGUCCAAUAAUGGUAAUGGCGAUUUGUAUAGCGGGAUGAAUUGA